AAGUGUCAUUGUAAAGAAAUAGAAAACGGAACUUGUGAACGGUCUUUCCGCCCAUCUCCUUACUGGCCAGUUUUCCAUUUCUUCCGGAAUACCGUUUACUGUUUUUAAUAGAUCUUCUCUAAACUAUAAUGUCGAGCGGAAAGUCAGUUCAAGAGUCUGGCGACGAAUCUGGCCCAGAAACCCUCUCUGCUCCAAACCUCGGCAAUGACCCUGUUGAGGAACUUGAAGAAACCGGAGAUGUCUACCGUGCCACAUUCACCCCAGCUGCUGCUGCAGCCAUUGACGAACGACAAGCCCGUCUUCAGUGCCGCAUGUACGAACAAAAGUUUCCCGAAGUGGACCAACUCGUCAUGGUUAAUGUACGACAAAUCGCUGAAAUGGGAGCUUAUGUACAUCUUCUCGAAUACAACAACAUUGAGGGAAUGAUCUUGUUGAGCGAGUUGUCUAGGAGACGUAUUCGGUCUAUUCAGAAGCUUAUUCGGGUGGGGAGGAACGAGGUGGUGGUGGUGCUCAGGGUGGACAAGGAGAAGGGAUAUAUCGACUUGUCCAAGCGUCGUGUGUCGGCUGAAGAUGUCGCCAAGUGUGAGGAAAAGUUUAACAAAUCCAAGGCGGUACAUAGUAUUAUGCGGCACGUUGCGGAAAAGUUGAACUGGAGUUUGGAGGAGCUCUACGAGAAGUUUGGGUGGCCACUCUAUAGAAAGUAUGGCCACGCAUACGAGGCUUUCAAGUUGGCAAUCGCUGAACCAGAAACGGUCUUUGAGGGGUUGGAAAUGCCAGAAGAUGUAAAGAAGGAGCUUCAUAGCAACAUUCGGCGACGAUUGACACCACAACCAGUCAAGAUCCGAGCUGAUAUUGAAGUUACAUGCUUUGGAUACGAGGGAAUAGAUGCUAUCAAAACCGCCUUGCAAGCCGGUGAGGCAUGUUCCACAGAAGAUGUACCAAUCAAGGUCAAACUGGUCGCGCCACCAAUGUACGUUGUGAUGACAAACUCACUUGAGAAGAGCGGGGGUAUCGAAAUCAUGGAAAAAGCCAUUGCCACGAUCGAAGAAACGAUAAAAAAGCAGUCUGGGCAUCUGACAGUGAAGAUGAAACCGAGAGUCGUUAGUGCGACGGAUGAUCUUGAGCUUGCACAGCUUAUGGCACGAGUGGAGCGGGAAAAUGCAGAGGUUUCUGGUGAUGAGGAGGAGAGUGAUGCUGAGGGAGCAGUGCCUGCUCCGGAAGAGGCAGAUGAUGAAUAGGGGAAUUGAUGGGGUUGCGGGCGCAUGUUUGGGAUUAUUUUUUUUGUCCUGGAAAAUGCGUUUAUUUUUGUAUGACAGCAUGUGGAAAACUGUCGAUAUUUCUCCGCAUUCUGAAUCAAUGUAUAUUAUACCUUCAUGGCA